UUUUAAGCGUUGUGGUAAAACUUGCUAUCCGCUCCUGACACACGCUUGGUGCACACGCACGUCUGCUGUUUGUGAGUGUGUGGGAGGCAGAGGAUGGUCAGAAAGUGGCGCCGACAAUAACGACAGACAGUUUAUUCUUCGGACUCAGAGGAGGAGAGGAAGGUUGACAGACGCGUCGCCCGAACUGCCGAAGAAGACGCAGAACAAUUAGCUUGAAACAUUUCUCUCCGGCUGUGGCGUACAAGAAGACUCCGGUGUGAACGUCGAUCAUGUGGGAACAGGAGGAAUUCGCAAAACACUGGAGGAAUGAAUUUCCUGACGGUGAAGUGCCCCGAAUGGACUUGAACUCUGUGGAGGACAUCGAGUCGGAGCUGGAGACGUGUAAAAGCAACCUGAAGAGGCUGCAGAAGGCUCUGGCGGAGGAGAAAUUCAAGGUGAUCUACCUGCAGACCACCGUGUCUCGACAGAGGAGAAACGACCCGGAAAGGUUUGAAGGCAAAGAUGAAAACUUUAACGCGGACGUGUCUAGCUUUGGGAAGACGGCGAAUAUUAGGAAACCGCCGCGGCGGGACGAUGAGAGCGACGGGCACAGGACGUCCAAGGUGUCCGACCCUGGAGGCGUGAGGCACCACGCGGCGGGUGGCACGGCGGGCGUCACGAGCUCCUUCGGCCGGGAGCGGAGCAGGUUCGGCGGCAAGACAGGUAAGCCUGUCCCCAUCCCUGUCCCGCCAAGGAAAGCCGGCUCUCAAAGAGUGGAGCCGGCCCCGACCGUCAUCCCCCAGCCGAAUGACAGCGAGGUGGGCAGCGACAGAGAGUUCGAGGAUGCGGAGCUGAACGAGAAUUUCGUCAGGAAUAACUUGCUGGUGCCAAACGUCGUCGGCAGGGACAGCCAGAGGACGUCCGGCAGUUACCGGGACAACCGACGGCCUUUCCGCCACAGCAGGGACUUUGACUCCGGCGAUGACGGCAGGCUGUCCCCGUCCUUCCCGCAGAUUCACCGCAGAGCCUCCCGGGGGUCCGGGUGCAGCACCCCUGACAGGAGGAGUGAUGGGUACCUCAGCUCCGACCAUGACGACUCCUCCUCCGCAGACUUUAACUACAACACAGAUGGCUACGAGGGGGACGGAACGGAGGACGGCAAGUCUCAGGACGGCUCAGAGACGCUGCCCUAUAUAGAUGAAUCGCCCACCAUGUCGCCCCAGCUGUGCGCGCCCCAAGGGCCGGACGGAGAAGCGGUCUCCCCCACGCCACCAGAGGGCCUGCCGCCAGGGGGAGACAUGGAGAAAGGACUGGAGAUGAAGAAACUGGUGCUGUCUGGUUUCUUGGCUAGUGAGGAAAUCUACAUUAACCAGCUGGAGGCCCUGCUACUGCCCAUGCGUCCUCUGAAAGCCACUGCCACAACCUCGCAGCCAGUCCUGACCAUCCAGCAGGUGGAGACCAUCUUCUACAAAAUCCAGGACAUUUUUGAGAUCCACAAGGAGUUCUACGACGCCCUCUUACCUAACAUUCAACAGUGGGACGAGAAGGUCACCGUGGGACAUUUAUUUCAAAAGCUGGCAAGCCAGUUGGGAGUGUACAAGGCCUUCGUGGACAACUACAAGGUGGCGCUAGAGACGGCGGAGAAAUGCAGCCAGGCGAACAGCCAGUUCCAGAAGAUAUCUGAGAACCUCAAAGUGAAAGGACCUAAAGACUCCAAAGAUUGUACCACAAUUGUCACAAUGGAGGCUCUCCUUUACAAGCCGAUUGAUCGUGUUACCAGAAGCACCCUGGUCCUUCAUGACUUACUGAAACACACUCCCAAGGACCACCCAGACUUCCCCCUCCUGCAGGAUGCUCUGCGGAUAUCUCAGAACUUCCUCUCCUCCAUCAACGAGGAGAUCGACCCUCGCAGGACUGCUGUCACUACACCCAAGGGAGAGGCCCGUCAGCUGGUGAAGGAUGGCUUUCUGGUGGAGGUGUCGGAAAGCUCCAGGAAGGUUCGGCACGUCUUCCUCUUCACUGACCUGCUGCUCUGUGCCAAGAUGAAGAAGACGGCUGUGGGUCGCCAUCAGCAAUAUGAGUGCAAGUGGUACAUCCCUCUGGCAGACUUGACCUUCCAGACCCUGGACGAGUCCGACACCAGCCACAGCAUCCAAGUCCUGCCCGAGCAUGAGAUUGAGGAGAUGAAGAUCAAGAUUUCCGUCUUAAAGAGUGAAAUACAGAAAGAGAAGAAAGCGCCGAAGGGUCAGAGUCGCGUGGAGCGUCUGAGGAAGAAGAUGAACGAGCAGGAGUCGUGGCUGCUGCUGCACUCCCCCACCAUCCCCUUCCGCAUCCACAACAAACAUGGAAAGAGCUACCUGUUCCUCCUCUCCUCUGAUUACGAGAGGUCAGAGUGGAGGGAAAGCAUCCAGAAACUCCAGAAGAAAGAUCUCCAGGCAUGUGUCCUAAGUUCUGUUGAGCUCCAGGUCCUAACCAGCUCCUGUUUCAAACUCCGAACUGUCCACAACAUUCCUGUCACCAGUAACAAAGACGAUGAGGAGACUCCUGGCCUGUACGGCUUUCUGCAUGUGAUUGUUCACUCUGCCAAAGGAUUCAAGGAGUCAGCAAAUCUAUACUGCACCCUUGAAGUGGACUCGUAUGGAUACUUUGUCAGCAAGGCCAAGACCCGCGUCUUCAGGGACACUACAGAGCCACAGUGGAACGAAGAAUUUGAGAUAGAGUUGGAGGGCUCCCAGUACCUCCGGAUCCUGUGCUACGAGAAGUGCUACGACAAAAGCAUGCUCAAUAAGGACGACAACGAGAUUGUGGACAAGAUCAUGGGAAAAGGGCAAGUCCAGCUGGAUCCUCAGACGGUGCAGUCAAAGAACUGGCACAUGGACGUCAUCGAGAUGAAUGGGAUCAAAGUGGAGUUCUCCAUGAAAUUCACAAGUCGGGACCUCAGCUUGAAGAGAACGCCGUCCAAAAAGCAGAGUGGGGUGUUUGGAGUCAAAAUCAAUGUGGUGACAAAGCGCGAGCGCUCCAAGGUGCCUUACAUUGUCCGUCAGUGCAUUGAGGAAGUAGAGAAGAGGGGGAUUGACGAAGUGGGAAUCUACAGGAUCUCAGGGGUGGCCACUGAUAUCCAGGCCCUCAAAACAGCAUUCGACACCAAUACCAAAGAUAUCCUGAUGAUGCUCAGCGACAUGGACAUCAACGCCAUAGCGGGAACACUGAAGCUGUACUUCAGGGAGCUGCCGGAGCCUCUGCUCACCGACCGCCUCUACCCUGCCUUCAUGGAGGGCAUCGCGCUCUCAGAUCCAGCAGCCAAGGAGAACUGCAUGAUGCACCUCCUGCGCUCCCUGCCAGACCCCAACCUCAUGACCUUCCUCACUCUACUGGAGCACCUCAAACGCGUGGCUGAGAAGGAGCCCAUCAACAAGAUGUCCCUCCACAAUCUGGCCACCGUGUUCGGCCCCACCCUGCUCAGGCCCUCAGAGUCGGAGACGACGAAGGGACAGCACAUCACCUCCGCCUCUGACAUCUGGUCACAUGACGUCAUGGCACAGGUCCAGGUGCUGCUCUACUACCUGCAGCAUCCCCCCAUCUCCUUUGCCGAACUGAAGCGCAACACGCUCUACUUUUCCACUGACGUUUAAUCCCCACCCGCCUCCCUCAGGACGCCAUCUGGAGAGGAGAGAGUCAGAGACUCCAUACAAUCCCUGGUCCCCUCCAAUGGGUCCUCCUGCCUCACCUCUCCUCCCAGCAGGCGGCUCAUCUCGACUGUACAGCCCCCGCCCCACACAUACCUCCUGUCCACACCCCCACCCGAGCCACCUCACACCCUUGUCAUGAAAAAGAGAUGGAGCUGAGCACGUAGGGAGGUGGUGAAGGACAUUUCCCAGUCGUCUAGUAGUCACUGUCCUGUUUGUAAUGUGAGGAGAGCAGAGCCGACCCCCGCCUCCCACCGACAAGACGACGAGGCAUUCCGGGACCACAGUGGAAAGGCCUGGGGGGGGUCUGGAGCACCGGCGCGGUGGCACAGGAUCGCUCCCACGUGGAUUUCAUCUAGUCAGUCCUUUCCAGACACUGGUUUGAUGAGCUUUGUUUUCCUCAUCCGAGGCAUUCCAGAAAAAUGGCAUUUACAUGUUUAAUAAUUAUGUUCAACGGCUGUUUUUGUUUUCCUUUUUCGGUCUUUUUGGCUUUGUGCAUGUGCGUGGUGGAGGAGGCCGGGGUGUGUGAGUGACACCGUGGAUGUACUUGAGUGAGCGAGUGUGUGUGUGCGUGUGUGUGUGUUUAAGGGACUAUGAGAACUUGUGAGGUUUAGAAGUGGCUGGGAAGCCAUCCUAAUAAAUGGCCGGCGAUGUGUCUCUCUUUGCUGACAGACGAGAGGGAACUGCCCUCCCCAAUGAGUCUUGGCCAAAUUAGCCCUAUUUAUUUUGAAUAUAUAUAAUAUGUGUGCCUGUACAGUUCUGUGCAACUAGAAAAAUGCUCUAAGGAGUCUGUUUUUUGAAGUUUAUUCAGGUAGUGAUGUUAUUUUUAGUCUGAUUUUUCUCAUCCACCAUGUCCAAUGGUUGGUAAGCUGUGCUGAAAAGAUCACCAGAAAAGUCUGCCAAUUAAUUUCAGAUCACUUUGUAGAGGAGAACGGGCACUCUGUGACAUGUUGAGGGUUGUCAGAAUAAAAAAACACAAUGAAUGGAACAUUUAGCUUUUCUUUUCUUGUUGUUUCAUUGCAAGCCUGUUCCAAGUGUCUUACUGCACCAGUAUAAUCUAUAGGAUGAUUUGUGUAGUUGCCCUCGUUGCAUGUUCAGCUUGUCAAUCAAACCAGGCCGGGUAACACAAAGGUAGGUUGUCUCUGCAAGGCCCUCGUUAAGACUGGCAAACACCCAUCUCUGCUCUGUACAAAGCCAACCUUUCUGCUAUCAAGCCUGAGACAUAUCUUAAAAUACUGUAAGCACUGCUAGAUGAGUACUAUUUGAUAUUUUUAAUAUAAGAUUAAAAUAAAAUAAAAAAUGUUGUAUUUUACUUCCUUUGAGAAGAAUUUCAGUAUACUGUAAUAUUGAGGCUAAAUGUUAAUGUGAAACUUUUUCCCCGUUUUUUAGUAAAAAUAAAAGUUACCAAAACACUCUCA